UUGUUCAGGUUCAGCAGCCAUCUUUUUCUGAAGUCACAGCCACAGUUCUAUCGUUUGACCUGGAAGUUACAAUAACUCAGCAACCAGAGUCAUCAGAGACAGUUCCUCCAAUGACUGAACAGAAUGCCACCAUGAACAUAUGUGAGCUCUGUUCCUGCAAUAAUGGGACACUGUCUUAUAUUGGUUUUGGCUCAAACCAGAGGGUCCACAGAGUGCCAGUACCAGAGCCCAGCACCUACAAUGGCACCUUCACCAUCUUAAUUCUCCAUCAUAAUCCCCUGAUGACUGUUCAAGAUCCAUAUCUUUUUAAUUUGCCAGCAUUGAAAUAUUUAGACAUGGGAAUAACACAAGUGACAUUUACAACACUUGAUAACAUUCUCAUGACGACUCCUGAAUUAGAAAAACUUAUCUUACCUAACCAUUUGGCCUGCUGCCUCUGCCAAUUUAAAAAUUAUAUUGAGGCUGUCGCCAAGACAGUGAAACGGCAUUGUGAUACCGAAUGUCUGACCAACGCACCUUGUGAUGAAGAACUCCUAGUACAAGGACCGCUCAUGAAAGUAUUACCAGGCUGGCAGAACACAAGCACUGAGCUGACAGUUGAGCCAGAGAGGGCAUCCUCAAACAAAAAUAGCGACACUUCCUCAUCCCCUAUGAGUGAGCAGCCAGACUUUAAUGAUAAAAGUGAUAUAAGCCCCUGA